GUCGCCGGUUACCCGUUUACGACGUUGAGGCCGCAUAUUGGAGUGAUACAGUUUGAAGACUACGUGCAAUUGCGUGUGGCGGAUAUUCCUGGACUCAUUGAGGAAGCCCACAAGAACCGAGGCUUGGGACACGGGUUCCUGCGUCAUGUGGAAAGGGAAGAAUUGAGGCAUUAUAAUCCAAACCUCUUGGAAAGACCAUUUGCUGUGGCUGCCAACAAAAUCGAUCUUCCUGGAGCACAUUCGCUGUUGGAGAGCUUCACAUCAAAAGUUCCCUUUCAAGUAUUCCCAAUUUCCGCCCUGAAUGCGGAAAACAUAGCUCCACUCAUUUCGUAUUUGCGAAAAAUGUAUGACGCCAAUCAAGAAAAACUGCGAAAGAAAAGUGAGGAUGAUCCUAUUGUGAUUGAAAACGUUUGACAAUGCAAAUAGAACAUUGUUUCUUUGGC